AUGGGUAGCUUGUCCCUCGUAACGCUGUAUUACAACAUUCAAUGUGCCUAUCCUGCUUCAAAGAGGACUGAUUUUCUCUGUUUACCCCGGCUUUUUUUUAAAACGUUUCUUCUUAGACCAAAACAACCGUCCAUUUUGCUUUUCUUUACACUACAAAAUUAUAAACACUGUAAGGAUCCCACUGUAACUGGGAAGUCUCCUCUGAGCAUUGUUACUGCUGCAGUUGACCAGAUUACUCUUCACAGCCCUGUCCUUGCUGACCAGGAUGUAAAAUUAUGUGGCAAUGUGACUUGGGCAGGUCGAACAUCAUUGGAAGUGACCAUGACUCUCGAACAAAAGCAGGAGGACACUGUAAAAAAGCUUUUGGAGGCACAGUUUGUUCUUGUUGCCAGAGAUCCUGUGAACAAAAACUCAGCAUUUGUCAAUCCCUUACAAGCUGACACGGCUGAUGAAGAACGCAUCAUGAAAUUGGGAGAAGCAAAUAAGAUGAAAAGACAAGAAGAAUCAAAGCGUUCCCUCUUGCUGAUGGCACCGAAUGAAAAUGAACGCUUCCUCAUCCAUAAACUGUUCCUGGAGACAAUCGACCCUAAAGCUGUCUCCUUCAAAGUUCGCAUAAAACCUGAAAACUGUGUUUGGCUUUCUUCAACCAUGUUGAAAAACCUCAUCAUUUGCCACCCCGAACAAAGGAAUAUGUACAAUAAAAUCUUUGGUGGCUUUCUCAUGAGGCAGGCUUAUGAAUUGGGUUGGGCAAAUUCUUUUAUGUUCAGCCAAGAACGUUGCCAGCUCAACCAAGUGGACAGUAUAAUAUUUCGAAAGCCAGUUGAAAUUGGUGCUUUGCUCUUUUUCUCUUCCCAAGUUGUCUACACAGAAGGAAGGUUUAUUCAGCAUGAAUCAUAUUUUUGCUAUAUUGGCUACUCCAAGGAUAUCAUAUUAAUAACCAAAAUUAUUUAA